GUCAUUGUCAGUUAAAAACUAUAGAUAAAAUGAAACAUCUAAAUUCAUAGCCAUUUCGUUGUCUAUGAAUAAUUCAAUCUAAAAAAAUCAAAACCAAGCAAGAUGGUCGUGUUCAAUUCUUUUUAAACAUAAACAUAUAAUCUAAUAAUAUUGUAUAUAAUACGAAAUAAUGUAUAAUGGGAUCGGGUUGACGACGCCACGGGGCUCCGGUACAAAUGGCUACGUACAGAGAAAUUGGGCCACGGUAAGAAAAACAAAAGACUCCGUCAACUACCGGACUGAAGAUGAGAUCGCCAAGUUGGAUUCGGCGUCAAACAAACAACCAAAUAGAGAAAUACUCGAUCAUGAGAGGAAAAGGAAGAUUGAAGUCAAGUGUGCAGAGUUGGAAGAUAGCCUGGAAGAACAAGGGUUCCCGAAGGAUGAGAUAGCGGCGCGGAUUGCUGCGUUCAGAGCGAAAAUCUCCGAGACCAGCAGCGGUGAGAAAGAUGUUCCAAGGGACGAAUUCGGGAGGGUAGCUGUCCGCGAGACGCACGCCGUUGCGGAGGCUCAGCAGGAGAAGAAUGCAAGAUUACGGGACGCCUUCGGGAUAUCGCCGCGGUUCGUCGAGGGCUCGAGCCUGGACCCGGAGCGAAGGGCGAAGGAACAGGCCGAGAGGUACCCGCUCGUGCGCACGCCGAGCCACGAGAGGGAAGACCAUGCCGCCAAGAAAAAGAAGAAACGAAGCGCAUCGCCCGAACCAAAGAAAAUGAAGAAGAAAAAGUCGAAAAAGAACAAGAAAGAAAAGCACGAAUCAAGCAAAAAGAAGAAAAAGCGUUCGAAAUCUUCUGACAGCGACAGUUCGAGCAGCUCCGAGGGCGCGGACUCCGACUCCGCCACGUCGGACGACGAGAAGCAGAAGAAAAAGAAAAAGAAAAAAACCAGCAAACGUCGCACCAGCACUCAACCGACCUCCCGUGAUGUCUCGCCAGUGAAGAAGUCGAAGGAUAAAAAUCGCGAUCGAUCGAUCGAGGCGCGGCGGGAACGUUCGACUGAGGACCGACGAGGCGACGACCAGCACAGGAGGGACGACGCCCGGGACGGCAGGAACUUCAGGCGCGUCCAACGCAGUCGCUCCAGAGAAUCCUCGCACGAGCCCAAACAGCGCUCCUACAUCACUAAAGUGGACAACAGAAAGCGGGAACCGUCCCGGGAGAGGUCCAGAGAGAAAUCAACUAAACCUAGGGACGAGAAACGAUCGCGCCGCGAACGAGACCGCAGACACACUUCGGGCUCCGACGCGGAACAAGCGCCGCACAGAAACAGGGACGCGAAAACUAACAAGUCGCUUAGAGACAGUAGCGCGUCGCCACCGCCUGACAAGAGGCGACGCACCAGCCCCGACCACAGGAGCACCGAGCGAACAGACAGGGACAGCAACAGGACUCGCAGAGACACUCCACUAAGAGAACACAAACGCGAGACCAGACGAACUAACUCGCCAGACUACCAGAAGCCAAGACGCGAAGAGCCCCAUUCAAAGAGAAACAAAGAAGACGCGAGACAAAGAAACAAAAGCGAAGACCGGACCGACGACAAUCAACAGAAACGCAGGGAAAAGGAAGUUCGCGACGAGCCUAGACGUAAGAAAAAUAAGAGCCCGUCCAGAGAACGCCGCGAGACGUCCCCGGAGACCAGGGACAAGUCACCGAAGUCUGCUAAACAAAAAGAAAAACGUAAAGAAGCGGAGAAGACGUACAAAAAAUCCAAACCGAGCAGACGAUCUGUUUCGUCCGGAUCUGAAUCCGAUCGUUCUGCUAAACGUAAUUCUGAUAGAAAAACAAAAGGCUACGAACGCUAUUAUAAAGAACGUACCAUGUCACCCGCAAGAAACGAAAGGAAACAGGACUCGCCAUCUCCCGAUAAGAGAACACAGUCACCUCCUGCGAAAACAGACAGAUAUAAAUAUCUGAAAUCACCAGAGAGACCAAAGAGUCGAUCGAGACAAAAAUCUCCCUCAGCAGAACGAAGGUCGCGGCAUCGAAGGUCCGCCAACAGAUCUGAAUCUCCUCUCCGCAAAAACUAUGGAAGGGACAGGCGAAAGAGUGACACCCCCAAGAAAAAUAACAGGAAAUCUAUAGAGAAACGUGAUCUUUCCCCUUCGAAAAACGAAAGUAGGCGAGACCGAAGCAGGAACGAGACCAGGACGUCUCGCGAUGACAGCUCUCGAUCCCGACAGAGAAGCAAGAGUUCAUCCAGUCUUAGCUACUCGCCCGCGCGUCGCAGCCCAGAACGAUAUCGCGACAUUAUAGAAAAGUUACCAGAGAAAGAUAAACGGAAGUAUAUUAAAUCACCUUCAGAUCUACAUCCAGGGAAAACGAAAAAAGUUCAAAAUUACAAGCCGAAGGUGUCUUGCAUGAGAGAUUCGUCGAGCGACGAACUGGACGAUACCGUAGAACACUUCCUAACUUUGGACGAGAGGUCGCGGCAAGAGGAAAUCGAAUGCAUGGACCUCAACAGGCUGAAAGCGAAAUUAGCGCAGAUGACGCGUGAGACGAUAAUGCGAAGGAAGAACGAGGACUUAAACGGACCUUCCACGUCACAAACCUCACGCUCAGACUCAGCGCCACACGAGGGCAGAAGGAACAGAGACGAGAGAGAAGGUGAGAUCAGGGAUAACAUUGAAAAAGAACGAGAAAUCAGGGAUCAGAUCGAACGAGACAGAGACCAAAGCAAAAGGGAGAAAGAAACGAGAGAUAGAAAUGAAAAAGAAAGGGAAAUGAAAAAGAAAUCCGAAAAAGAUAAGGAAUUGAGAGAUAAAGCGGAAAAGGAGAGAGAAGUGAAAGACAAAUCCAAAAACACUGCUGAAAGAAAUGCGCGAGACAAGAAAGAAAAAUCGCCGACAUCGAGAUCAAACAAGAGUCCGACUAGCGGAAACGUUUCUCCAAAAAGUCCACGAAAAGCUGAAAGCUCACCGCCUAGAAAGAAACAUGAAAUUUCGUCGACCGUAAGAAAAGUCGAGAGCUCUCCGCGCGUAAAGAAAAUUGAAGGACCAUCGGCUCUGAAGAAGAGUGAGAGUUCACCGGCCGUCAAAAAACACGAAAGCUCGCCCGAUCUCAACAAGAGUAAGCGGAGUUGGUCGCGCUCCACCCGCUCUCGCUCGCGCUCCCGCUCCCGCUCGCGCUCGUCGCGUUCCCGCUCCCGAUCAUACUCGUCUUCAGGACGUUCCCGCUCGAGCGGCUCGAGCUCGUACAGCAGCAGCAGGUCCUCGUCCAGGUCGUCGCGUAGUUCCUCCAGGUCCACGCGCUCGUCCAGGACGCUGACGGGCGUGUACGCGGAUUACCGUCGAUGGAGCGCGUCCCGCUCGCGGUCGCUGUCGAUCCCGCGCCGCGCCGGCUCGCCCUCGUUCCUCGACCGGCGCCGCAUCACCAGCGCUAGAAAACGUCCAAUCCCGUACCGGAGGCCGACGCCUUCGACGCCUUCCACCACCAGCCACAGCAGCAGGUCUUCGCAGAGGAGUUGGUCUCAAUCCCCGGUGCCAGAAUAAUGACGAUACGUUUUAAAAAGAAAACUUUCAAUAAAAAUAGACAAGCGGCCCUAUAGGUAUUUUAGAGAAUGCUAGUCUGAAAAUACGAAACAUUCCCAAAUGGUUAUUUAAAAUUUAAAUUAAUUAAUUUAUAUUGUUACACCAAAAGUUGAAACACAAUAAGGGCAAGUAUGAGAGGUGAAUAUAAAAAGUAUAUGUUUAUGAAAUUUUGGUAAAAAUAUCUAGUCACAAAUGCAAAGACGCGUUUUAACUGCUAUCUACGUUUACUGAAAAUAUUACAAUGCUAUCUAAUACUUUUUUUUAAAAGUACCUAACAGUAAUUAACUGUUUGUGAAAAUUGCAUCGAAACUAGUAGCAAUGUAGCAAUUAAUACUUCAUGAAUUAAUACUAGGAAGAGAGGGUUCAUAGUGUAAAAUAUACCUUUAACUCAGACAAUAGCACUAAUAUCGGUUAUUAAUGAAUCUGCAUCAUUUUGAUAUUUGACAACUACCCGUUCAAAAAGAUUUGAAAUAUUGACUUACUCAUUUCUGAACGGAUUUUAAAUGUCUUUGUAGCUACCUACCUACCUACAUGUUGAUUACCGAAUAACAACAACUCUUUGAUUGAUAUGACAAGAUUAAGUCCGCAUCCCCAUUUACUUUAUUUAAAGUCGAAGAUGAUAAAUUGGAAAUAAUUUGAAGAAACUUAGGGAUCACCUGGUUGAGAAAAGCGUGAGCUUCAAAUAUAUAAUUAAUUUAAGAAUUUUUAAGCACCAUCUUGAUAUUAUAUUAUUAUUUUGUUGGAAAUAAUUUUAGUCAAAUACUUACUACUAAUAACAUUCCCUAUUUUUUGAUCUCUCAAAUUCAUGCUUUUUAAUUUGUUGUGAUCUUUGUUGGUAAUAUUAUACAUUUUUAUUUUUAAGUAUUUACCAAAAAUAUACUCUAAUCUAGUCUGUUUUAGUGCAAUAUAUUUAUUGACAGCUAUACAUACCUAAUUUAAAAUUGUUUAGUCAGUAAGAUCUAGUCGGUUACAUUAUAAGAACAAUAAUUUAUUAUUAGUUAUAAGGUAUUUAGGCAAUAGAAACAAAAUGAGCAAUACAUAUGCAUUCAAUAAUACUCAUAAUAUAAUUAUUAAAAUGUUUAUUUUAUAAUAUAAUUUACAUAAUUAAAUGCACAGAGCAUGAAUUGACAAAGUCAUGUUAUUGAAGUAGGCUUUUAAAAAAAUACAGGCUGAUUGUAAAAUACCACAAACCUGAAAAUGAAGAAAUUCUGUUGUGAAAAUAAAUUAUUCAAACAAUUUGUUCUAAACAA